UGGCUCCAUCUCAAUUGGCUGUGUUGUGUGUAAUAUAAUAAUUGUAGGAUGCGUCGUUCAUUGAAUGCUUCCCGUGGUCACAAUAGUUUGACGGACGUGGAUUAUGCCGAGUAUGAUGAAGAAGUCGGUCUAUCUGUGGGAGGAGGAAGCCCGAGGAGACUGCGAGAAAAACAGAACAAAAAGUCAAGACAACUGAGCGAUCCUUCUAUAGAUAUUCAAUUAUUAGGGGAUCCCGAAAUCGCCGCAAGUACGAGAUCUUCUUCUUCUUCGGAGGAUCACGUGUUGUUGGAACUGGAUCAAGAGAUUCGAGCCAUGGAGAAGGAGUUGAAGACUUGGAGACGAGUGUCCGGAAUGCAUACCUUGCAAGCUCACAUUCUGGAACAGUUGCACUGUACCAAUGACACUAACAAUGACACUAACAACAAGAGUGCCACAACGCGAGUAGACGUCAACGAUGUUACCUUAUCUGUGAUCAACGGGAUAUCAGAGCAAUCCAAAGAAAACUUUGAUGGAGUCUUGGAGACUUCCGUGGUGGCUGCCUUGCUCAUGACUUUUUCCGUACCCAUGGCCUGGAAUCCUCCCGAUUUUAUUCAAUAUCGAACUUCCGACCCAUUUGCAAAAGUAUCAACCAUGAACUGGCUAGCCCUCAUUCAUCUCUACGGAUGGAGCAUCAUGUCCAUUUUGGGAAUGAUGAUCAUCAUGUAUGGACGCGUCUACACCAGUGCCGUUGCCAGAGCUGCCCGGGACAGUGAUCGACUUCGCAUUCAAAUGGCCGGUAAUGCAUUCAAUGAAAUGCUAUACAUGCUCUUUGCCAUGACACACUUUUUUGGAUGGGGCAUCUUUGCUGAUACAUCGGCCGUGUUUGGAUAUGUGCAUGGAAUCAUUAUCACUCUGAUGGCAUAUGUGGCCGUCAUGAUCAGUGUGCACAUGGGGGCCAAGUACAUUCGAGCGGGACACAUUGAGUAUGGAUGGAGAGCCAAAGCCUUGCAAGCCAACCACAAGACCCAAAACAACGACCAAAACAGCAACGAAAAUAACCAUCAUGACACGGAGGAAGGAGAGGAUCCAGUUGAUGAUUACUUGGCGUUUCAGUUGCUACACAAGAAAAUGGAAUAUGCCAAACUCAUGGCCCAGCGUGUUGCACCCAAGUCUGUUUUUGCCUGGGGAUACAACGACAACAAUAACCAUUCCCGUUCGGGGGUACAAAAUAUUGAUGAGACAAAUAAUUCCGACAACAUCCACCACAAUCCACAAUCCAAGAAACCAUGGAGCGUACCGGUACCAAUCGUAUUCGAGGCGGGCGGGGUGGGAGGGCCAACUGGGCUCUCGGACGAUGGAAAACAACUCUUUUUUGGGUUGGACAAGAAGACUCCUUGAUACAAGUAUGAUGUGUGAUGGCAAGAGCAAACUGCAAAAGCUUGGACAAAUUAUCAACACUGCGUUGUAUCAUGGCAAGACCAAUACAUGCAUUACAACUCGAUCAUCUGUGGCUGGAUUCAUCUAUCUCGACAACCUGACAAUUUUUUCGCCUUGUGCUGUCAAUCAAUUGCGUGCUCUGUAAAGAAAGACAGAUCAAGCCUACCUGGAUCACCGCCUCGAGGUCCCGAUCAACGGAUCCUUCCAAAUCUUGUACAACGGUGAGGACAUGCAGUUAGGCAUAGCAUCAAGAUAAUCCAUUUAAAAUGACAAAGGAGCAAGCCAAGCCCCGGAAGCCUGCUGUUUUAUAGUUUUGCCAGCACAUGACAUACCGUACAGUAGGAAGUGGAUAACAUGGCAAGGGCGACAAGACU